AGAAGAUGUUUAGUAGUCUCGUCUCAUCGCCAUCAACAUCUUCAUAUCAAAGUCAAGCAAGAUCGGGAAAAGAUUCGAGCAAUAAAAAACAAAUAUAAAAACGAGUGAAAUACUAAAUUUUUCAGAUAAAAAUACGCCACAGCACCACCUCCGAACACCAUACACCGGGAAGUGGCAAUUAUUGUAGUACGAGUAUCAGAAUAAGAAUUUUUCUGUUUGCCAUAUGUCAACGACAAACUGUCAAUCUCGCAAACCUUAAACGACUAAAAACAAAAGCUCCCCCAUAUAACUACCAAACGAACUCUCGGUCUCGGUCUCGGAUUAGCUUGAGCUUUGCUCAUUCAAAUAAGAGGCCAGCUUUGGACGCACGCUUCGUAGGCAAUCAAAACUCUCUGCGAGCUGUGACACUUUGAAACCUAUCCGGCGUUGUCGCAUCGUAUUUCGUAUUCGUAUCUUUGAGAUACAUGGUCGUGUGCUCGGUUGUUGUGAUAAUCGAACAAAACGUGUAUCUAAAUCGGUUCUAAAAAAAAAGCAAAAAGAAAAUAGAAUUUGUUUUUGUUGAUUUCCUUUUGCUUUUAAUUAAGGAUCAUAGAGAAAGUGAUCAGUUUGAAGAUUUGUAAACAGUUUUUUUUAACAGUUAUAAACCAAGUGGACGUGUUUUGAAUUUUAAAAAAUUUCAAAUUAUGGCUAUUUUGCGAACAUCGAUCUUAUCGAUCGUUCUGUGUGUACUUCUGUUGGGUACCAAUUUCGAACGAUGCAAUGGAUCAAAGCAAUACAAUCGCUAUUUGUCGCAUUUAUUUAACAAAUAUGGCAGCGGUGGAACAAUGUCUUUUGAGGGCCUAGAACAUUUGAUGUACAACUUGGGACUUGGAGAACUUGAAUUUAGUCCAACUCAUACAAUUGAAGAACAUCAUCCAAAUGGCUAUAAAAUACCAGACUUUAUUAGCAAUCAUGAUUAUAAUAGUUUAAUUGAAGAAGAAUCACUUACUCCACCUUUGAUGGAGGAAGAAGAUGUUCGAGUUGUUACUGAAGGAACUAUUCGAAAGGAUGCUAUGGUAGCGCCAAGAAUUCAAGGAACUAAAAACACUUUAACUGCUGCACAAGUGACAGAUGAAAAGAGUGGUAUCGAUAAUGAUGAUAAUAAUUUAUCUAAGAAUAAUAUGAACUUUAGGGAAAUGCAUGAUCCACUGCACAGACAUCCGAGGGACCAUGCUGAGCAUUCUAACUCAAACGUGUGCCUUUCACCGAAGUCAUUACUCCGACUUGUCAUCGAUCAUGAUGAUCUUCACAAAAAGAAGCUUUACAAAACAUUGAAUUCAGAUGGAACGAGUGACAAUACUCAUCAUAAUCAUGAUGAUCAUGAUUUUGAACAUGAAUACAAUGAAUUUAUAAAUACUGUCAAACUUACACCUGUUGGAUUUAUGAAGCUUUGUCCGGCUUUGUUGGCGCAAAUUGAUCAGCAAGUCUGUGUUCAGCCAGUUUCAUUGUCAAACAUGCAAGAUAAAGAUGAUUUUCUUUUGAAUGCUUGGAUCUAUGCUUCAGGAUCGAUCUUCAUUCUGUCAGCUUGUGGACUUCUUGGAAUUCUCAUAGUACCAUUGAUGAAAACGAUUGCCUAUCAGGAGAUUCUUAAAUUUUUGGUUGCCGUUGCUGUUGGCACUCUCAGUGGAGAUGCUCUGAUGCAUCUCAUUCCACAUGCCUUAUCAGCUGCCAGUGAAUCAUCAUCGCACUCAGAAUCAUCGUCGGGAAGAGACAGCCAUCAUGAUCACAGUGGUCCAGUGUGGAUAUGUGCUUGUGCGUUUGUAACUGCAGUUUUUAUGUACGUUUUGGAAACUCUUCUGCCCUUGCUAAAAGGAUCGGAUUCAAGUCAUGGCCAUUCCCAUGGUCAUACUCAUGGUCACUCUCAUGGACAUGCCACUGUGGAAGGCUCACCUGCGCCAGCUCCACCGCCAGUUGAAGCUGCUCCAACAGGAACCGAGUCGAGGGAGAUAAAUGUCAUGCUCGAUGAGUUGAAGAAAGACAAGAAGGGCGGUUCAAGGCCCAUGACGCCUGUUGCUUUCAUGGUCAUUAUUGGAGAUGCCCUUCACAAUUUGACCGAUGGUCUUGCCAUUGGUGCUGCCUUUGCCAGCGAUCCAGUUACUGGAUUGGCCACUGCCUUAGCCGUUCUUUGCCACGAAUUGCCCCAUGAGUUGGGUGAUUUUGCUCUGCUCCUUCAAACUGGAAUGAGCAUUCAACGAGCUGUUCUACUCAACAUCGUCUCAUCGGUGUUAAGUUUUGUUGGAAUGGCCAUAGGGCUGUUAAUUGCAGGAGUCCAUACAAAUAUGACUCAGUGGAUUUAUGCAGCAACAGCUGGUUCAUUCCUUUAUAUCGCUUUUGCGGAUUUAAUACCAGCGAUGUCAAUGGAGGGGAAGAAAAACUUGAAAAAUUCUCUAAUUCAAGUUGCGGGAAUUUUAGUUGGUGGUGCUAUAAUGAUGGCCAUAGCUUUAAAUGAAGAUUCCUUACAGAAAUUGUUCCAAUAGUAGAAUAUUCCUAAGAAAAUAUUUGUUCUUAAUUUAAUUUUUAUUUAUAUUUAGUUUCAAUAUUUUUUGUUUUGAACUUUUGUUUCUGUCUUUUUUUUCGAGAAUCUACUAUCAUAGUGCUGUGAAGUUUCAUAGGGUAAAAUAAUAUAUUGCCAAUUUAAAUAUAUAUGUAUGUCAUGUCGCGUCGUCGUAUUUUUAGUUAUAAAUUGUAUAAACGUUAAUAUACAUUUAUUUUUUAUGGCUGCCAAAACUAUAAGAAUUUAUACCUAUUAUUAUUAAUUGUUAAGUUUAUUGUUACAUAUUAGAUAUUUUGUAUAUAAAUACAAUUUAUUUUACAAAAA